GCCAGGCAGGCAACAAACUGUAGACAACGUCCGGCCGGACGUGACAAGCAUGACAGUGACAGUGACACAAGAGUGGUGUGUCGUGUAAAUUCAAUGAUCACAAGAUACAUUUGAAGUGGAGGGAUUAAAACACGUUUUCCUACACGUCUCUUUUGUUUGAGAUUUUACUCUCAUCAUUCCUGCAUCUCAAAUUCAUGAAAUUUUUGGAGACAAUGUAAUCUGAGCUGAACUAGAACAACCGUCAAAUACAAAAUGGGAAGCAGUUCGUCAAAGAGCCGUUCAAACUCAGAUGGCACGGCAGUCGAUGCACCAGAUACAGGCAAGAGUGUGGGAGCCAGUAAGACAUCGGCUUCGUCCAAGAAAUCUCCCAGUACUAAAGCAUCCAAAGCCCAUUCCUCGAAGAAUGGAGAUAGCGUAGUCGAGGUCAAAGUCUGUAAGGUGGAUGACCUCAAAGAUGGCGAGAUGCGAGAGGUAGAGGUUGGAAGCGGGAAGGCUCUGCUGGUGAAGCAGCUUGGAGUAUUCAGCGCUAUUGGUCACAAAUGUACGCAUUAUGGAGCUCCUCUAGUUAAAGGUGUGUUGUGUAAUGGAAGGAUACGUUGCCCUUGGCAUGGCGCUUGCUUCAAUGCAACAACGGGUGAUAUUGAAGACUUUCCUGGGCUUGAUAGUGUCGCCAAGUAUGAGGUCAGAAUUGAUGGUGAUGAUGUCAUUGUCACGUCCACAAAGAAGGCUUUAGAAUCCUUCAAACGAAUCAAAAACAUGUCCUGCAAAUCCCCUGAAGUUGACAAGACCAUCCUUAUCAUUGGAGGAGGUGGGGCAGCUGCCACAUGUGUUGAGACGCUGAGACAAGAAGGGUUUAAAGGUCGAGUCGUCAUAGCAACAAAAGAGAAACAUCUGCCGUAUGAUAGAACAAAACUCAGUAAGGCCCUGACGUCAUCCGGAGAGGAGUUAGCGCUACGCAAGCCAGAUUUCUACAAUGUGUACGAUGUUGAAGUCCAGACUGGUAUGGAAGCCACGGAGGUGGACACUUUGCUCAACUCAGUCACCUUCAAGAACGGCAACAGCGUCAACUUCGACACCCUUCUCAUUGCUACUGGGGGAACCCCGAUUGUACUAGACAUUCCAGGCAGUGACUUGAAGAAUGUCUGCAUACUACGGAGUCCUGAAGAUGCCAACUACAUCGCUGAGCAAGGCAAGGGUAAAAACGUGGUCAUCAUUGGUACCUCGUUCAUCGGUAUGGAGAUGGCUGCUUAUUUUGCUGGUAAAGCGUUGAGCGUCUCAAUUGUAGGCAGAAGCUCCGCCCCUUAUAUUGCGUCACUAGGAGAAUCCAUCGGCAAAGCACUACAAAAGAUGGCCGAAGCAAAGGGCAUCAAGUUUUACCUAAGCAGCAACCCAGAGAGGUUGAGCGGUAACGACGACGGCCGGAUCACAGAGGUUGUGUUGCAGAAUGGUGAGACGUUACCGGCAGACAUAUGCAUCAUGGGUGUGGGCGUUAAACCUUCCACGGGGUUCUUGAAGGAGAGCGAGAUCGCACUGAAUACCAAGGGCGCUGUAAUCGUUGACAAGUUUUUGCGGACGAACAAGCCAAACGUGUUUGCAGCCGGUGACAUUGCUCAGGUACCUCUAGCCAUGAUGGGUGAUCUCGAGGUUAAUAUCGGCCACUGGCAGGUAGCCUCAGGACAUGGUCGCAUUGCUGCCCUCAACAUGCUAGACCAGGAAGUGGAGCUCGACAGUGUCCCUUACUUCUGGACAAUGCUGUUUGGCAAGAGUGUCAGAUAUGCAGGUUACAAUGCUGGUUAUGAAGAUAUAGUCAUCGUAGGUAAUCCAGACGAGCUGAAGUUUGCAGCUUACUACAUUAAAGGGGAUAAGGUCGUUGCUGUGGCCAGUAUGAACUCUGACCCUGUUGUGUCAAGGUUCGCAGAGUUUAUUGCAUCCGGGAAAGAACUCACUAAGUCUGAAGUACAAUCAGAUCCUGAGGCCUGGAUGUCAAGAUUGUGAUGAGUGAUUUAAAACGAGGGAGUUAACUGCUGCAUAAUAAUGGCGUACAACCAUCGGUAAGGAUCACAGGGAACUGGUGAGACAUUUCCCUGGUUAGGAUGGAAGUUGGCAUUGUCUAGCCUAACCACUUUGGGCCCCCCCCCCCCACCCAGUACAAAAGUGUUUUAAAAUACUGUACAAAACAUACUGUAUUUGGCUCAGAAUGCAAAACGUUUAAUAGUGGCUUCUACUAUAACGCUCAUAUCUGUCACUCGGUGAUGCUCAAAGCGCUUCAUACAUUCAGUGUUUUCCUGUAAGGUAUAGACGAUGUGACCCGUGUUUACAUUUAAACCGCCCUCUGUUGAAAAAACACUGUAUACGUCACGUUUCGCCGGGCAAAAAGACACGUAGUCAUGGUAAGAUUGCAUACACUUUCUAGCUGGCUGCCAAAACACAGAGGUUUUGUCCGGCAGUAUGCGCACGAAUCAUGUUAUGGUUUUCGUGUGACGUCAGAGGUCACAUCGUCUAUAUGGGACCACGUUAGCACCAUGUAAUGGUUUAAUAAUGAACGUAUAUAACGUGCCUUUUCCAAAGGAUACAAAGGGCUAAUUAUUUUUACUGCAAGGCGAGUCAGGACGAAGAUUUUGAAA